UUAUGUCCAUGAUGAAGUAAAAAUCGAUACUCAUUCAUUACAAUAUCAAUCAUCUCCUUCUGGUCUGUUAUUAAUUCUUGAAAAAGCUGUUUAUCUUUAUCCAGAAACUAUGUUUAUAUAUUCUGUCAAUAAUUGUAGUGCAGAAAUCGAAAUCAUUGAAAAGUCACCACUAAUGCGGGCUCUAUCACAAAGAAGUAUGAGCAUAGAUGAAGGAUCACAAGAUUCAUUAAUAUUUGGUAAAAAUUCUUUAGUGAAUCUAGAUAUAAUCAUAAAAGAGAACUCCGAAAAUAAUUCACAAAACAAAGAACCUGGCAUACCUGACUUCACUACAAGUAAUUUACCAUCUAAAUGUGUUGGUAAAGCUACUUCUGCUAAAUCAUCAAAUAAAAAAAAGAAAUCUGCAAAUAGAGAAGAUUCUCCCAUAUUGAAAAGACUUAUUCAGGAACUGUCAACUAAUGAUCCCAGAAAAACAGUAACUUCGCAAUUUGAAUCUACUUCUGAAACAAAUACCGACUCAGUUAAUUUUCUUGAUCUAUAUAAUAAAAUUAUAACUUCUGAAGAUAUUAAUGAAAAAACGUCUCAAGAUGUUAUUCUUAGCUAUUUUCAUUUUGGAAAAGCAUUAGAGGAUCAUUUCAAUCACUACAGAAAAACUAAUCCCAAACGUACAGCUCAAGGGUUAGUUAAUAAUGAGGUUAGAACUCAGCUUCCUGAAAUA